AUGGCUGUGAUGGCUUCGAGGGAGUUAGUUCAGAACGGUGCCGGUGUAAAGCGCUCAGCGCGAGCCCUGGGUUCUUCUGAUCCCAAUGAGGUGCCCGAUUGCCUGAAAAAGCUAGUGCGCACCAUCGUACGCAGUUUCUACUCUCGAGAACAUUCUCUCAUAAUGGAUCUCCUAGUGCGCAACACCAUAAUGAAGGAGGAUGAUCUGUGCGAAAGAUUGCGCUUUGAGAAAAAGCAGCUGCGU